AUUAUUUCAUGUGAACUAAAAAAUUGUUGUGUUUUAAAAUUUAUAUUAACUAAUUAGUAAUAUGGUAAAUAACAAUUAAUCAUGUAAGACGAUAAUUAUGUGUGUAAAUAGAAAAAUAAUAAUCGGCAUAAAAAUAAAAAUAAUCAUCGCACAGUUUCAAGUUUAUCUAAAAACUAAAUUUUGCCAACUGUUUCAAGUUUAAAUUAUUUUUGCCAAAUAAUCAUCGCACUUUCUUAAUUAUUUGAUUUUGGAUACUUAUCUGAUACUUUUAAAUUUAUGUUAAAAUUUAAACUAAUAUCUAUAUAUCUAAAUAAAAAGAACAAUAACUUUUACCUUUUUGUUCGGAAGAGAUGUUUAUGUAAACAUUAUAAUUAACACAAUAGUAAAGAAAAGACAGAAAGAAGGAAAAAAGGCAUAGCAGAGUUGUUGCACACCAUGGUGACUUCAAAAGAGGAGACCACAAGCGUUGUAAUAGCACAAGAAGACAGAGAAGCUGCGGAAACAUUAAUAAAACUAAGCCAAGAUACUCGAUAUCAGCCAGUAGAAGAAGAAGAUGCAGCUCCAUCGUCGACUCUAUCAUUACAACAAGUAAGUAAAGCUCCUCAAAAAUCGUGUUCGUGUGAAAAGUGUAAAGCUAAAGAGAAACAGCAUUCGAAGAAGGAUGAUAAAAUAUCUAUGGAGAGUACAAAAGGGAAGACAGAGGUAGACGAUACCGACGAAACCCUAAUGAUUCUUCAGGAAUGGAGCCACACUAAUCCCGACCCGGUGAAGAAACUAUUCAACGGUGCUGCUGACGUGGCGGAGCUAUUCAGCGAACCGAUAAAGAAGCAGCUGACGAUGAGCGACGUGGAGAAUGGUCAAUGCAGGCUCAUGUUAGGGAAGCAGCAAGUGCAGAAGAAGAUGCUUCCUCUUUUAGAACAUUCCGAGAUUCCGCAAGGGAAGACAGAGGGGCUUGAUGUUUCGGUGUACGGACCAAACGGGGAGGUUCAAACGAUGAAGUUCAAGAUGUGGGGCGAGGACACGCCUGUGUUGACCUCGGGGUGGAAAGACUUCGUGGACGAAUAUAAACUCGAGAAGCAUCGUGAUUUUCUCACUAUUUGGAUGUUUAGGCAUAGAGUCACUCGUGGGAUUUGCUUUGCUAUUGACAGUACUAGGUUUUCUGUAACGGGGCCUCUGAGUUCGAGGAUCUCGAAGUCUGUCUUUCCGAAUCCAAAUUAAUUAGGGUUUUUAGUCGUUCGUGUUUUUUGUUUUUUUUUUGUUUUUUUUUUGUUUUUUUGUUUUGGUAAUUAGAAGAGAGGAUAGUACAAAAGAGAUUUCAGGCUUUGAUUGAGGCUGCCUUCAAGGAUUAUGAUUACAAAUUUUUGUGUUAUGUUUAAUUGUUGUUUUGUUUUGUUCAUGAAAAAUAAAUUAUUGUGGAAGUCUCUUUGAUUCAAAAUUUAUUAAUAUAUGCACCACAAAAUUGGGGUUAGAGUUUAGUAUAGAAGAUAAAUCAAAGGGUACAAAAUAAAUUCAAGCAGGUUGAUUUUUGAUAAAAAUGUAACAAAAACUAUUCGUUUUUCUCUUUCUCUAUAGCUUUCGUAUUAUUACAUCACUAGCUUACUGAAUCAGUGUUAUAGAAAAUCUUGAACAUAGUGCAAAUAGAACUGUUUUUCUAUAUUGCGGUUUAAUGUGAUGCAAGUACAAUUACAAUGGUGUAAGUGACAUCAAACGUAAAUUUUCAUAAAACAUGUAUAGUUAUAUUAUAUAUGUAUAAGAAGCCAAUGUUCCGGGGUCGGGGACUCGUUACUAUGGAGUCGUUUUG